GGUAAUUGACUCAUCGGUUCACACGAUGCAGCAUUUGAAACUAGCACUGGGGGAAGUAAGCUACAUUUGACAUGAAUAUCGCUGAUAACGGUGUCCCUUCUGUCCAUAUUGAUGCCGCAAAGAUACUGGAUAACCUCGUUUACGAACUCGGGCUGCCGAAGGAAGUGGCGGAUCUUAGAUCGAACGUUUCUUUCGAUGGAGGCGAACCCUUCCUCCCGUUGCCCCAAAGCCAAGCCGCAUCUUCGGCUCUGCAUGGUCUGCUGGCCAUCGAGGCAGCUCGCGUUCUUCAGCUUCGCGGAGCUACCAAAGUGCCCCAAAUCUUCAUUAACACGGAUCAUGCCUCUCUGUAUCUUGCUGCUUUUGCUAUGAGCGCCUUGGAUGGGCAUCCUGUCUCUCCUUCCUAUCUGAGCCUCGUAAAUGAAGAAGAGACCACUUUGCUUCGUCAAGAAACUAUGAACGUAAGUUGUAAUAUGUUGUACCGUGGACAUGGGAUCGAAGGGAACCUAGGUUUACAAGACUAAGGACGGGCGUUUCUUCCACACGCAU